AUGCGCGCGUGCGAGUCCGUGAGCGCGCGCCAGCAAACGCAGCCGGGAUGGUGCGCGGAGCCGCAGGGACUCCCGGGCGAAGGUGAAGGGGCCCCCUCUCACUCACACACACCCCCCCGGGCGAGGGCCAGCGGGCGCGGAAACUCCACGGCGGGUGUGCUGGCGCGCGGAGCGGUCCCGGAGUCGGCCGCCAGCCCGCGGCGCGCUCAGGUGCCGGGCCCGGCUGCCCGCGGCGGGCCGCGCCGCUCACGGCGUCUCCGUCCGGCGGGGCGCGGGGACUCGGGCUCCGCCGGCUCACUGUCCGGGCUGGCGCGGCCCGGGCGGCGCGGGGCUCCGCGGGCGCGGCGCGCGCACGGCCGGCUCCGGGGACGGCCGCGGCCUCAUCGCUUCCCUCCGGACGGCGUCCGCCUCGGCGCCCGGGAACCCCCGGCUCGGCAGCUCGCCUUCCCAGCACGCCCCUCCGCUGCCGCGAGCCGUGGCGCCCUCGCCUGCCUCACAUCCUUGCCGUCCGGGGGGAAGACCUCGGAAAUCUCCAGGACCAGGGGUUACCCCUCAGGAAAAGCAAGUUGAAUUCUGACACUCCACCCCCAAGCUGAAUUGCAACUCCCUGAAUAAAUGUAUGUCUCCAUCGAAACUUCUGGGGGAGGUGGUGGAAGGUGAGAUUUAGACGAUGAAAUGCAAAGAGGUUGGGGAAAUAGUGAU